AAAAAGGGCGGCGCCAACGAACGAUCAGGCAGGGGUGCAGUGCAGUGCAGCUGAGCUGCGGUAGCUCGUAGGGGCAGUAUCGUAAAAGACAGACGCGCCGGCUGGGCGGGGCAAAUCUGCUUGCCGGAAAAGGCCGAGCCGCGAGCCGUUGUUGGCGUUGCCACUCUAGCCAGCUCCAGCUCCAGCCCUGACACGCGCACAGCGCAGCCGAAACGGCUGCUCCCCGUCCCGAGCGCAAUAAAAGGGGGCCUCGCUGGCUCUCGCCGCAGCGUAUGUACGGGGCUGGAUGGAGUCGGCCGACGCAGCGGGUGGGGCGGCCGGGGACGGGGCGCCGCCGGGCCGCGGCUCCUCGGCCAAGCGCAUGCGCGGCGUGAUUGGCAGCGGCGGCGGCGACGGCAUGGAGGUGGUGCCGUGGGGGUCGCCGCCGCCGCCGGGCCAGCAGCCGGCGCAGCUCCAGGGGUCGGCGUCGCGGAUCUGCCGCGUGAGGGCGUCCGGGGGCAAGGACCGGCACAGCAAGGUGUACACGUCCAAGGGCAUCCGCGACCGCCGGGUGCGGCUCUCCGUGCCCACGGCCAUCCAGUUCUACGACCUGCAGGACCGCCUCGGCUUCGACCAGCCCAGCAAGGCCGUCGAGUGGCUCAUCAACGCCGCCUCCGCCGCCAUCGACGAGCUCCCCUCCCUCGACCCGGCCGCCUUCGCCAACAUGCCGGCCGACCACCAGGCCGCGCCCCGCGCCGGCAAGCAGCAGCAGCAGCCGCAGGGCAGCAGGUCCCUGUGCAGCAGCACGUCGGAGACCAGCAAGGGGUCCGAGCUCUCGCUCUCGCGCUCCGACGGCCGCGUCGGCGGCGGCUCCUCCCGGGACAAGGAGGUCACCGUCGCCAGCAACCCCUCCGCGCAGGCCGGGUCCUUCACCGAGCUGCUCACCGGGGCGGGGGCGGGGGCGGCGUCGGCCGGCGCGGCCAUUGCCUCCGCGGCUCCGCGCAGGCAGUCCUGGCAGCAACAGCCCGUUUCCGCGGUCACCGCGGACCGCGUCGGCAUCGCGCACCCCGGUAAAGGCGCCGGCGCGCAGGUGGUGCCGACGUACCCCGGCUUCAGAUUCGGCAAUGCGCCCCCGUUCGGCAUGCAGCCGGCGCAGCCGUUCAACUUCGGCCCCUCCGCCCAGCACCAGAUGACGCAGUUCUCGCUCGUCCAGGGCGGGCUGGCGGCGGCUCCGGCUCCGGCUCAAGCCGGAGACUACAGCCUCGACUUCUCGAUGAACUCCGGUUACAUGGGUGCCAGCAGGGGGCCCCUUCAGUCCAAUUCGCCGCACUUCUCCAGCCACCACCAGCAGCAGCAGCAGCAGCGGCAGCUCCAGGACCUGGACGACGGUCCGAGCCCUCCCUUCCUGUACGAGAACGCCGCCGCCGCCGCCCCGCAUCUCACGGCGACCGCGGCGAUGCAGCUGUGGAACGGGUUCUCGCACGCCGGCAUGAAGGAGAAGAGCAAGAACUGAUCACCCCGAUUCUCCAGCGGAACCAAAGGCAUCAACUUUUUUUUUUUUUGCUUCGGCAAUAACUCAUCUCGUGGAGCUGCUGCCUCAGGGGUGUACCGGAUCAUCAUCCAUCGUUCGUCCAAGUCUGCUUCGUCCGGCAUGAAGGAACCCUGCUGCCAUUUAUUCAGGCAACCAUGUGCUGCUUUUUUUUUCCUCCUCCUCUGAGAUGAGGCCAGUGUACAAGUUUUGGGGGAGUUUUUAUUAGACAAAGACUGGCAAAGCAAGCGCCCUGCUGUGUGGGCUCGAAUCUGUUGUUGCUGUUGUUGUUUUAGAAACUAUAUGUCUCUUUUUGUUUGAGAUCAUUUCGAACCAGUGUCGAGUAGGGUGGGUGGAGGAUUCAUGUGCCCCGCCUUCAGGGCCAGGCUACUCUCAGUUUUGGAGAAACAAGUCCCCCAUAGACUUUUCUAUUUUCCAUUCCAUA